GCUUGGCUGCAGCAGUAUGGCUACCUGCCUCCAGGUGAUGUCCGAGCCCAGGCCAUCCGCUCACCAAAGACCAUUGUAACAGCGAUAUCAGCCAUGCAGAGGUUUUACGGUUUGACUGUCACCGGCUCCAUAGACUCCAACACGUUACAGGCGAUGAGCAGGGCGCGGUGUGGCGUCCCAGACAAGUUCGGCCCGGAGCUGAAAACCAACCUGAGGAGAAAGAGAUACGCCAGGCAGGGUCUGAAGUGGGACAAGUCCGAGGUGACCUUCAGCAUACAGAACUACACCCCUAAGAUCGGUGAACGAGCCACAAAUGAAGCCAUCCGAAAAGCCUUCAAGGUGUGGGAGAGCGCGAUCCCACUCACCUUCAGAGAGAUCCCCUACAGUCACAUCAGAGGCAAGGUCGACAAGUAUGCGGACAUCAUGCUGUCCUUCGCAGACGGCUUCCAUGGCGACAGCACGCCAUUUGAUGGCGAGGGCGGCUUCCUGGCUCAUGCUUACUUCCCCGGAAACGGCAUCGGCGGAGACACUCACUUUGACCUCGCUGAGCCCUGGACCACCGGGAACACCGACCAGGGAGGUAAUGAUGUUUUCCUGGUGGCGGUCCACGAGCUGGGUCAUGCUCUGGGUCUGGAGCACUCCAACGACCCCUCUGCCAUCAUGGCCCCUUUCUACCAGUGGUUUGAAACAGAAAACUUCCAGCUCCCAGACGACGACCGCCGCGGUAUCCAGGCAAUCUACGGUUCCAAGUCUGGAGGUCCCCCUCCUCCUCCUCCUCCUCCUCCUCCCCCACGACCCACAAAGUCGUCCAAGCCAGACCAAAGUCCAGACAUCUGUGAGGGACACUUUGACACCAUCGCAAUCCUCAGAGGGGAAAAGUUUGUGUUUAAGGACAAGUGGUUUUGGCGUGUGCGUAACAACAAGGUGUUGACAGGUUACCCGAUGGCCAUCAGUCACUUCUGGAAGGGCCUGCCCUCAAACAUCAACGCCGCCUACGAGAGGGCUGAUGGGAAAUUUGUCUUCUUCAAGGGUGACAGGUACUGGGUUUUCAGUGAGUCCACCAUGGACAAAGAGUCCCCCAAGAACCUGAAAGACAUGGGCACCGGUUUACCCAAAGACAAGAUUGAUGCUGCUCUUUACUACACACCAACAGGACAGACGUAUUUCUUCAGAGGCACCAACUACUACCGUUUCAACGAGAAGACCCGCACCGUGGACAGCGGUUAUCCAAAGCCCAUCAGCAUGUGGAGUGGCGCACCGGAUAACAUCAAAUCUGCCAUCAUGAGCGAGGAUGCAUCUUACACUUACUUCUACAAAGCCAACAAGUACUGGAAGUUCAACAACCAGUACAUGAAGGUGGAGUCCGGCUACCCCAAGUCCGUGCUCAGUGACUGGAUGGGCUGCGAGAACGAAGAGCCCAAGAAGGGUCGCGAAGAUGUUGUCAAGGAAGCGCUGAGUGGCUUCGGGCCAGCGGCUGUGGUGAUCCCUAUCAUCCUUCUAGUGCUGGUUGUGAUCACACUGGGAGCGCUUUUGUUCUUCAGGAAGUACGGCACGCCUCGACGCCUCCUGUACUGCAAGAGAUCCCUCCUGGACAAGGUGUAAACAGAGCGACGGGGUGAUUGACAGACUGCCACAGAGGGACAGAAAGAGAGGUAGAGAGAGAACGAGGGCCGAGGGUGAAGAUGGAAACUGAGAGGGGGAAGAUGUGAAAAGAGGAGGAGAGAGCGACUGAGAAAAAAAGGACAGAAGAAAUGAGGGGGAUUGAUGUGUUAAAAUUUUGGGUGGUUUGUAUGUGCCACAAAAGAGAGAGAGAGAAAACAAAAAGGCCCUAGAAACUGAAAUCAGGAAAAAUGUGUAUUUGUAUGUUAAGUAUUUACAUGUACUGUUCUGUGUCCAGAGAUUAACAACAUACCCACGAUCUCAAAUAGAGAAGGGAAAUAUACAAAGAGACUCGUGUUCAUCAGCAACUUCCCUCCCGCCUCUCCUCUCUCACAUCCCAGGUAUUAAAAAACAAACAUCCCUCCUUCCUUCCUCUCCUUUAACUGGACGACUCCAGCUGAACUGCUGUCUGAUUCUUUUUUUUUACAACUUUGAAAUCUGUGUCUCACCUUGGGUUUUACUCAGAAAUUCAUCCUCUCUGAAAUGCAUUUGCUGUCUGAAAUGUGUUUUUUUUGUUUAACUCUGAACUUCAUUCAUUUCAGUGUGACAUUUUUGCUCUUUAAUCCAUCGUUUUGGCAACGUUUUGAUAUUCGGCUAUGCAGUAUUUUCUUAUAUUUCUCAGAUUUCUCUACCACUAAGUAGGGCUGGGUAUCGAACCUCAUACUUCUUUAAUACUGCCUGAAAAUGUGUUUACAGCACAUACAACACAUUUUUAUUUUAUUUUUUUAAAGUUGGCAUUGAAAGUCUGGACAGAUUCAUAACCUUUUUUUUCUUAUUCUUGAUAAGAAUUUAAAACAAAAUCUUGCCAAUUGUAGACUGUUUUAUUAAAGUUUCUGUACUGUUGCCCGUGUUUAGACAACAUUUAUGUUUGAGAAAAAAUGCUCGUAUUUCUCAAAAAAAUCAGCACAAGCACAGAAAACAUUCAGAACGAUACCUAGCCUUACUACUGAGAGGAUUCUCACCCAUCUGCUAAACUCUAAAGAUGACCAUGUCCACUUUUAGUUAGCUUACAUUUGGAUGGAUUUGAUGGAGUUCAGUAUAACAGCAUGUCCCUUAUGCACAGUGUUAGUAUCGAUCGAUGCAGACUUUUUGAACAUGCACAGAUUCAUGGACAAGAAUUAGUUUAACCGGGAUUAUGUCCACAAAAGUCAGACUUAACAUGAGUCUGCAGGAAGUGAUGACAGUGUAGCUGCAUCACCUGUCGAGACAUCGUACAAACACAUUUAAAGGCACAAAGUUUGAUUCACAGGCAAAACUCUCUUCUUUCAGUGCAAGCAGUCAGAUGGGAAAAAGUAUUUCUUUAAAAAAAAAUGUAAUGUUUUAUCUCACAAAUGACAGUUUUAAAAACAUUCCAGUACGUUUGUUGUUGAAUACGAACAGAGCUGCUUCUCCAAAUGUGUCAGUAAGCGGUACAGUUUCCAACAAUAUGGUGCAAUUCUUUUUUUUAUUAUUAUCAUUGUUAUGGGAAAUUGUUGUUAUUAUAAGUAUGGUUAUUGUUAUUAUUGUUCUCCUGGUAAAGUUAUAAUGAUUUUUUUUUUCUUUUUCUUUUGUACAUUGUCAUUUGGAGUCCUGCUGGACAGAGGCAUAACGUGACAAUGGUGGAAAUGAAUCCCAGUUUACACUCAGCAUGUGAUGAAUUAGAUCAGAUCAGGGGGGGUAAACGUGAGUUCAGGGAGUUUCUUUUUACUAUGAAACACCUGAAAUUACCCAGAUGUUGGCACAGAUUAACAAGCAAUACUAUUUAUGAACUUUGAUGGUGCUCAAUGAUUCUUUUUUUUUUUACACAAAUCAAAAUUGAAGGUGAAUUCAUUUAAUUAAUAACAAUGAUAAUGGUAAUGAUAUUUAUAAUGAUGAUCAUAUCAAUAAAAUGGAAUGAGAUUUUUUUUCCCCCGCCUGUUUUCACUUUUGUAUUUCAUUAGAUAAAGUGAAAUUAAACUAUUUUCUACAAA